UACAUGUGGUACUUCAUAAAUAAAAAUUCCAUUGCACAGUACAGUUGCACAAACAUUUGUUGUAAAGAGCAAUUAGUAAUACUAAUAGCCAUGGUGUUAUUGAACCUAAUUCACAAAUUUCUCAACAUAGUAGUUCCUCCAUUUGCCUUGUUUAGCUUGUUGCUUUUCUUGCCACCUUAUCAAUUUUUCAAGUACUUUUUUUCAAUAUUGGGUAAAGUUUUCAGUGAAAAUGUUGCUGGCAAGGUUGUCAUUAUUACUGGGGCUUCUUCUGGCAUCGGCGAGCAUUUGGCCUAUGAGUACGCCAGAAGAGGUGCAUGCUUAACCAUUGCAGCCAGAAGAGAGGAGAUUCUACGGGAAGUAGGCGAAAGGGCACUUGAUCUAGGCGCCGCGGAUGUUUUAGUGGUGCCAGCUGAUGUUUCAAAUGUUGAAGACUGUAGAAGGAUUGUUGAUAGAACCAUGAGUCACUUUGGACGACUGGAUCAUCUAGUUAAUAAUGCUGGAAUGGCAUCAGUUUCUCUUUUUGAAGAAAUAGAAGAGAUCACUAACCUUAGAUCCAUCAUGGACAUAAACUUCUGGGGUUCAGUUUACAUGACAAGGUUUGCAAUUCCCUACCUGAGAUAUAGUGAAGGUAGAAUCGUUGUGCUUUCUUCUUCCGCAUCUUGGAUGCCUACUCCAAGAAUGAGCCUUUACUGUGCAAGCAAAGCAGCACUGGUGCUGUUUUUUGAGGCGCUAAGGAUUGAAUUUGGACGGGACAUCAAAAUAACAUUAGUCACACCUGGCUAUGUUGAAUCAGAAAUGACGCAAGGGAAAUUCAUAGACAAGACCGGCAAAGUAGAUGUUAAUCCUCAAAUGAGGGAUGUUCAAGUGGGCAUAACCCCAGUGGUGAAAGUAGAAGAAUGUGCCAAGGCCAUUGUGAAUGGCGCUUGUCGCGGGGAGAGAUACGUUACUGUGCCUGCUUGGUUCAGGGUCACCUACUUGUGGAAGGUUUUCUGUCCAGAGGUUGUUGAGUGGGUUUUGAGGUUGUUUUGCCUUACCGGUUCGGGAACGUCGCCAGAGGAUGCUCUAAGCAAGAAAAUAUUAGAUUACACUGGUGUUAAAAAAUUCUUGUACCCAGAAAAUAUCCGGGAGCUGGAUCUUAAGACCAAGUAAUGCAGGGUUGAUGUCAAGAACAAGAAGCUAUAGCAGGUUGGUUGUUUCUUUGUAUCGCAGGAGGAACUUUGAUUUGGAGUAUCUUGUAAUUAGUAGCAUGCAGUUUCUUCUUUUUAAGCUGUUGUUUAAAUGGAUGAAUUAAAAUUACGCUUAGGUACUCUUAAGUGUUACUUAUUGUAUUAAAUGAUGGAUUAAGAAAGUUUGAUCCAUGACUCUUGUUGUCGUUUUCUAUCUCCUCUUGGAUUGUUGUUUUUUUCUCCUUGUUCUUCUUCA